AUCAGGAGGAUCCGUGGGGGUAUCCAGGGGUCUUCAGAGCAUCCGUGGAACCUCCUGGCAUCCGUGGGUCCCAGGGACAUCCGUGGGUCCCAGGGACAUCUGUGGGUCCCAGGAGUGUUUGCACAUCCUGGGGACUUCCAUGGGGCUGUCCGUGGGUCCUGGGGGAUGGACAUCCAAGGGCCAAAGGGGUGUGUUGGUGGCACCUGCAGGUCCUGGGGGUGUCCACGGGUGCUGGUGGCAUCUCCUGACAUCCCUGUCCUCUCUCCUCUCCUGCAGUGGUGCUGCUGGACUUUGCCAAGGCCCACGGGGAGCUGGGCUGGCUGACCCAGCCCUACGGAAAAGGGUGGGACCAGCUGCAGAACGUCCUCAACGACUCCCUGAUCUACAUGUACUCCGUGUGCAACGUCCUGGAGGGCGAGCAGGAGAACUGGCUCCGCACCAACUGGAUCUACCGCGGCGUGGCCCAGCGCAUCUUCAUCGAGCUGCAGUUCACCGUGCGCGACUGCAACAGCUUCCCCACGGCCGGCGGCGGCUCCUGCAAGGAGACCUUCAACCUCUACUACGCCGAGUCGGACGUGGAUUACGGCACCAACUUCCAGAAGCGGCAGUUCAGGAAGAUCGACACCAUCGCCCCGGACGAGAUCACCGUCCAGGAGGAUUUUGCCGCCCGCAACGUGAAGCUCAACGUGGAGGUGCGCUCGGUGGGGCCGCUCCGCAGGAAAGGUUUCUACCUGGCCUUCCAGGACCUGGGCGCCUGCGUGGCGCUGCUCUCCGUGCGCGUCUACUACAAGCGGUGUCCGGCCGUGGUGCAGGGCAUGGCGCGGUUCCCCGAGACCGUGGCCGGCGCCGACUCGCAGACCCUGGCCGAGGUGCGGGGCUCGUGCGUGGCCGAGGCGGUGGCCGAGCAGGCGCCGGCCCUGCACUGCAACGCCGACGGCGAGUGGCUCGUGCCCAUCGGGGAGU